AUGGAUGAAGCGGACACCGCACCUGAAUUACUCUUUCGGCCUUCGAAGCGACGCAAGUUUAUCCCACGACGCGCAAAUGAUACAGACUCUGUUGAGGCCGACACUCCAAGCAGAAAUGACAACCAAACGCCAGAAGCUCUGUCCACAGGGGACGAAGAUCAGACCGCACAGCCUACAAAUGUCGUUCGUCUACGGCGCCCUCAUCAAGCUCGAAAAGGAGGCAUAGGCUUCUCAGCCACAUCACGAUCCAAGAACGGCAAUCGUCAGACAGCUUUGGCAUCUGCGGAGGAAAUAGAGGCGGACAGAAUCCAGGCUAUGGCUGACCGGUUCACGACAUAUACUGGCCAGUCGGAGGACGUGGACAAGCACAUGUAUGAUGCCUUAUUUUGCGCGGCGCAGCCCGAUCAAUACCCGACUAACAAGAUAAGGAUGGCCUAUAUAGAUUCCGAGAUGGCUAAGCGAUCCCAACGCAACCCACUACUAGACAAUUCUGAAGCCUCUCAAUCGGCUGAAACACACAAUGCGAGCGAAGCGUCAAUACCUGAUCAGCAGCGCGCGCCUGCCUCGCUGGGCAAGUUACAAGAAAUCGACCUUGGUCAGGAGACUACAAUGCAGAACAUUGCGCGUACCGAAGCUGCCCGGAGACGGAUUGCGGGUGACAAGGAGUCUCCAAACUCUGAUGAGCCUGAACGGCCUGGCCGUUCUGGCGCCGAUAAAGUAUGGCGCAACCGCAAGCAACGGACCAGCGCUGACAUCGAACGCGACCGCCUUGUGGAACAGGUGAUGCGUGAAAGCAGACUGGAAAUUUACGAUGAACCAGAGGACGAAGGGGUUGGGGAUGAUCAAGACGCGGAUGAUCGCAUUGCCGAGAAGUUCCGUCUAGACUUCAUGGAUGCGAUCCAAUCCCGACGACGGCUUCGGCCAACCCGGACCACGACCGAGAAGACUGAAGGACCCAAGGGACCUAAGUUGGGUGGAAGUCGCAGUGCGAGGGCAGCUAUGCGAGAAAUGCAAAGCAAAGGGCAGAAAUGA